GCCCUCAACAGAACCAAGUCCCCAACCCUUACUUCUCCACGCUACACUCCACUUCUACCACUCUUCUGCACCUGCCAAACGUCAAUUGACACUCAAUCAGCCAAACAACCUCAUCCACACACCAAUCGCAACCAUGGGCAAGGUCAAAUACAUCAUGCUCGAUUGCGACAACACGCUCGUGCAGUCCGAGCACCUUGCCUUCGAGGCCUGCGCUGACCUCACCAACGAGGUGAUGAAGAAGUACGACGUCAAGGGUGCCCCUCACUACACAGGCCCCAAGCUCCUCGAAGACUAUGUCGGCCACAACUUCCGUAGUAUGCUCAAGGGUCUGCAGAAGGAACACAACUUCCAGAUGACCGACGAGGAUCUCGAGGACUUUGUCCAGCAGGAGCUCGGCGCCGUCACCCGCAAGCUCAGCCAGAAGGCCGUCGAGUGCCCUGGCGUCACCAAGGAGCUGCAGAAGCUGAAGGACCAGGGCUACCCUAUGUCCGUCGUCAGCACCUCCGCCAAGAGCCGUGUCGUUGCCUCGAUUGAGAAGGCUGGCAUCGCCCACUUCUUCCCUCCCGAGCACGUCUACUCCGCUGCCACCUCCCUCAACCCUCCCAGCUCGAAACCCGACCCCGCCAUCUACCACUACGCCGCCAAGCAGCUCGGUGUUAAGGAGUCUGAGGCGGUCACCGUCGAGGACAGCAAGAGCGGUGCCACUGCUGCCAUGCGCGCUGGCAUUCCUUGCAUUGGCUACGUCGGCAUCUACGGCCUUGAGGAGGGCAAGGAGAAGAUGGAGCAGAUGGCUAAGCUUCUUACCGAGGAGACCAAGUGCGUCGCCAUUAUGUACGACUGGAGCGAGUUCCAGGAGUGCCUGAAGAAGGUCGAGGCGAAGUUGUAGAUACCCACUGAUGCAUCGAGAUGUGCUUCAGGAUGCCCGUGGCUUCAGCAAGCUCAAGGCAUCAAGCUCUCCAGAGCUACGAGAUACGGAUGACGAAAAUUACGGCAUGAACGGUCAGGUAGAUCGAAAAGAAUACUCUUCAUGGACCUCGGUCCAAUUUGC